UCUGAUCUCUACGCUCAGUUUCCCCCAGUUAGGUCCUGCACGUGCUUGACUCCAGUCAGCCACCGUAGGCCCCGCACCCCGCAGUGUACUUUCUUACGACCCUUCUACCGGUAGCUCCGUGCUUGCUCACCAACUGGCCUGCCUUGCGCACCCACCCCUCCUUCCAUUUCUUCUCCCCCGCAGCAGCCUCCGCUGGCUGCGACUGCGCAUGCGUACCGACGCCCCACACCGGCCCCCCGUGGGAGGAGGGGAGGGAAAUGAAGCUGAGCCGAGCCGCUCACGCGCGCUCCCUCUCCUCCCGUCGCUAGGCACGCGGCCGGUGCUGCAGCUUUGCCACGUCCGAGGGCAGCGCUGCAGCUGCUGCGGCCACGGCGGGAGGGGCAUGGAGCCCCGCCCCCGGGGAGGGGCCUUCUGCAGGUCUCCCCUCUACCCUCCCCGCUAGGGAUGAAAUUUAGCAACGAGAAGGAACCAGUUCACGCGGCGUCGAUGGGCUGAGACUAAACCGAGACUCGGACCAGCAAGAUGCUGGAGCGAGAUGCAGAGUCCGCCGCCGGGGACACCGAUCCUAGUCCCACUGGCAAGGAACCGGUAACCAAAGGAGGAGCUCCCCCCCAGGGCUCAACGCAGAAGCCCAGCCAGUCGGUUCCAGGGCCUGCCUCGUCAGUGGGGGUGCCUCCCCAACCCCGCCGGCGGCCCCCACCCCAGCGCCCACACCGCUGCCCCGACUGUGACAAGGCCUUCUCGUACCCGUCCAAGCUGGCCAUGCACCGGCUGGCACACGGUGGCGCUCGGCCUCAUCCGUGUCCCGACUGCCCCAAGGCCUUCUUCUAUCCCUCCAAGCUGGCAGCCCACCGCCUCACGCACAGUGGCGCCGGCCCACACCCGUGUCCACACUGCCCCAAAGCCUUUGGCCACCGCUCCAAGCUGGCAGUCCACCUCUGGACCCAUGCACCCACCCGCCCCUACCCAUGCCCCGACUGCCCCAAGUCCUUCUGCUACCCCUCCAAGCUUGCAGCCCACCGCCACACGCACCAUGCCACCGACGCACGCCCCUAUCCGUGCCCGCACUGCCCCAAGGCUUUUUCAUUCCUCUCCAAACUGGCCGCCCAUCGCCUCUGUCACGAUCCCCCGACGGCACCGGGCAGCCAGGCCACAGCCCGGCAUCGCUGCUCCAGCUGCGACCAGGCCUUUGGCCAAAGACGCCUCCUGCUCCUUCACCAGCGCAGCCACCACCAGGCUGAGAGUCAGGGGGAGCGCGAGUGAGUCCUCCCCUCAGCUCAUGGGCCCCUCUGCCACCAGCUGGGGUCAGUGAAGAGGUGGCAUUUUUAAGCUGGGCUGUAAGGACUUGCCUUGAGCAGACAGCUGUCAGGGAGACGGACUCCACACUGGGUUCCAGCCCAGAGGGCUUAGGAACAAUUUGCUCACCUGUUUCGGGGGAGGGGAAGGUAUCAUCCACAGACUUAGCGCUGGGCCCCAAACCACAGGCUUGGAGCUGUGGUUUGAAAGCAAGCCGACUCCGGUUCUUCCCUUCAUUUAUAAGGCGAAAGUAAGAAGUCUGCUACCAUCGUUGGUUGCCGAGGAAUGUGGGGAAACGGGGUCUCUCCUUAUUGUAAGUUAAAUCGGUGCCUCCAUUUUGGCCAUUUGUCCAUAAAAAAAUUUAAAACGCUUACAUGCUCGUGUCAACUAUUCCAC